AUGGAACAUCCUGCUAUUAGUCUUUGCGUCCUUACCACAGCUGGUGGUAUGAUGGGCUUCUAUCGUAAGAAGUCUAUGGUCUCUCUAGUGGCUGGUCUUACAGUUGGUGGUCUAUAUGGUGUUUCUGCUUAUCUUUUACAUGGAAAUAAAGAUUAUGGUCUAGAGAUCGCAUUAGGAACAUCUGCUUUGUUAUUGGGUGCUGGUAUUGUUAGAGGCAUUCCUGUCCGUUUUCAGAAGGUCGUACCUUGUUCAUUAACUUUACUUGGUGGGUUAGGAACUUUCUAUUAUUAUAAUAAAUAUAAAGAAUUUUACCCAUGA